CAUUCAGAUCCAAGCUACCAGGAUGAAAGCACUAAAUGUAUGUUGAAUUUAUUAAUAAAAAAGGUGAUUGUGAUUCUGCUCCCAGCUUCCGAAGUGUUUUUGCUUUUAACAGAAAAAUAGCCGAAGCAAGUUCUGGUAGUGUUUCCUGUGUUGAGAUCUGAAAAUGCAGUUUUCCAGAAAUCGCAAAAUGAAGGCCACUAGGCUGGCAGGUGACCAAAGGGCUGGCAUCUAUCCUCAUAGUAUCCAGUUUUAUCUACAGCCACCACUGGAAAACAUCUCGCUUGCAGAAUUUGAAACAUUUGCUGUUGAGCGUCUUAAAUUGCUCAAGACCAUUGAAAAUCUUGGUGUCACUUACGUUAAAGGAAGUCAACAGUAUAAAGAUAAACUUGAAGGAGAGCUUAAAAAACUGUCAUUUCCCUAUAGGCCUCAACGUAGUAGUGAACAAGAAUAUGACAUUAGGAGGAAAGAUCACAUCUCUCAUUUUAUCCUUCGCCUUGCCUACUGCCAGACAGAAGAACUCAGGCGUUGGUUUAUCCAGCAGGAGAUGGACCUGUUUAGAUUCCGAUUUAAUGAACUCCUUCAAGAGAAUAUUAAGGAUUUUUUACAUUUUAACAACUUAAAGUAUGACACUAUUUCCAAUGAUGUAAAGAUGGAGUUGCAAGAAAAAUUAAUUAACUCAACAUAUGGACUAAGUCAGCCUAAACUAGAGGAACAAGACGUCUAUAAGGUUCCUUUUCAAGCUGCCCUUGAUUUGGUUCGAGCAAAGAAAGUGUUCGUUAAAGCAGGGUUUGCAUUCAUCCCACAUCAAGAAAUUGUCACAAUAGUUCUUAAUGAUUUCAGAACCAAACUUUCAAAGGCUCUAGCACUAACAGCACGCUCACUUCCUGUUGUGCAGUCUGAUGAGAGGCUCCAACCCCUACUUAAUCACCUCAGCCAUGCCUAUGUGGGGCAAGAUUACAGUAUGCAAAAGAAUGUUGGAAAGAUUUCCUUGGACCAGAUAGAUAAUCUCUCCCUAAAGUCAUUUCCACCUUGUAUGCGUCAGCUGCACAAAGCACUUCGAGAUAAUCAUCACCUCCGCCAUGGUGGCCGCAUGCAGUAUGGGCUGUUCCUAAAAGGUAUUGGCAUGACCCUAGAACAGGCUUUACAGUUUUGGAAAAUGGAGUUUAUAAAAGGAAAAGUAGAUGCUGAUAAGUUUGACAAAACAUAUUCCUACUCCAUUCGGCACAACUAUGGCAGGGAAGGCAAACGAACAGACUACACACCAUACAGCUGCAUGAAGAUCAUUCUGACUAACCCUCCAAGUCAAGGGGACUAUCACGGCUGCCCAUUUCGUCACAGUGAUCCAGAGUUGCUAAAGCAGAAAUUGCAGUCUUACAAGUUAACAUCUGCAGGAAUAAAUGAAAUCCUGGAGUUGGUUAAGGGGAUGCAUUACCAGCUGGCCUGUCAGAAGUACUUUGAGCUGACACACAAUGUGGAGGACUGUGGAUUUUCAUUAAAUCACCCCAACCAGUUUUUCACAGAAAGUCAGAAGGUGCUUGGAGGUGGACGAGAAAUAAAAAAGGAAUCUAGCCAAUCAGACAGCUCACAAAGAAGUCAGAACAGCCAGACUGUGAAAUCAUUGUCCAAAGAGAGUAUCGCUGAUUCAAAGCCUGCUAUUGCGGCACCUUUAAUGGAAAUGGAGGAUUUGGAUGAGUUCUUCAAUGAAGUUGAAUGACUUCUGUUGUUAAACAUGACACUCUCCUGUUAGUCUCCUAAUGUUUAUAAUGUUUAGUUUUGUAUUGGUGCUGUUUGCUUUUACUCCUUUUCAUAUAAACACAUUUGGAAAAAAAUAAUAAAAUUCUGAGUUGCCUGUA